AUGGAUCAGAAAGAAACACCGCUUGCCAAUGCUGCGUUUUGGGCUGCAAGAAAAGGAAACCUGGCUCUCCUCCAGCUGCUGCUGAACAGUGGGCGAGUAGAUGUGGACUGCAAAGACAGUCUUGGCACAACAGCUCUGAUGGUAGCAUCUUACUAUGGCCACAUAGAUUGUGUACGGGAAUUGGUGUUGCAAGGAGCAGAUAUCAAUCUGCAGAGAGAGUCAGGUGCAACUUCUCUGUUCUUUGCUGCACAGCAAGGCCAUAACGAUGUAGUGAAGUUUCUCUUUGAAUUUGGAGCCUCCACUGAAUUUAAGAAUAAAGAUGGAGGUACUGCUCUUCUAGCUGCUUGUCAGUACGGGCAUGCAAAAGUAGUGGAAACUCUGUUGAAGCACGGUGCCAACAUUCACGAUCAACUUUAUGAUGGAGCUUCUGCAAUUUUCCUGGCAGCACAAGGAGGCUAUCUGGAUGUCAUCCGACUGCUGCUUUCUUCAGGAGCAAAGGUUAACCAGCCACGGCAGGAUGGGACGGCUCCCUUGUGGAUUGCGUCGCAGAUGGGUCACAGUGAAGUGGUGCGAGUGAUGCUGCUCCGGGGAGCUGAGCGAGAUGCCGCGCGGGACGACGGUACGACUGCUUUACUGAAGGCUGCCAUUAAAGGGUACAACAAUGUGAUAGAAGAGUUGCUGAAAUUCUCUCCCACGCUUGGCCUGCUGAAGAACGGGACCUCUGCUCUCCAUGCGGCCGUCCUGAGCGGCAACGCGAGGACAGUGGCGCUGCUCCUUGAAGCAGGAGCGGACCCGGGCCUGAGGAACAAGGCAAAUGAGCUGCCAGCAGAACUAACAAAAAAUGAACGCAUCCUCCGACUCCUCCGUAUGAAGGAAAAACAAAGGAAAAGCUAA